UAAAGCUUAGCAGCAUCUUUCUUCUGUAAUAUAUAAGUUAUAUAGCUUUUUGUGUCUCAUCCAUUUGUUUGUUUUGAUUUUCUUUCCCAGCACAGCAACACCAGCACCUCUGCAAUCAUGGACAGCAAAAUCAUGAGAGCUGAUGUUCAUGAUGCAUCAUUUUCUUCCUACCUCAAUACUUCAGCAGAGAGUUUUGUGCUUAACUCAGCUCGGCCUCCGGUUAACUUUGAGAAAACCAAGACAAAAGAGGGUGAUAUCUGUGUCUUUGGAGCUGAGAAGUAUUUCAGCGUGAAAUUGGACGGUGAGAAGUCGAAAGCUUUGGACAUUAACACUCCUACCAAGCAUGGAAUUACAGAGAAAGUGCAGCUUGGUUCCGGACGAAGAAGCAGGUUGGGAACUCUAAGUGUGACUUCUGAGGCUAGUUUGAAUAGCCAACAACCUUCCUUGAGAAACUCAUCUCAGGGCCGGCAAAAGAAGGUUAGUCGAAAAUGGCUAUUAGCCGCUUUUGUGUGCAGCCGAUUAUGUUCGGAUGACAAUUCCGUUAUUGUCAGUAAAAAUGUUCAUGAAGGAGCAGUUCGCGGACAAGAAUUCAUGAAGCAAUCAGUCCAAGUUGUUCCUAGUCCUGUCAAGAGGCCCCAACAGAGAAUACUUGCAAACAUAGAAGAGCAUUCUGGGAUGCAAAGAUUGAAUGUUAAAAAGCUGUUGAAAGAAGAAAAAAUUGCAGAAGAAGAAGAAGAAGAGCCAGAGGUGUCUGGUUCAAAGAUUAUAAACAAGGGAGACAUACAAUGGUAUCUGGAGAGGAAGCUGUCUAUGUUAACUUGGGAUGCCAUUCCUAAAUCCCAAAAUGUGACUACUAGUUCCGCGAGCAGCCAUAUUUAUGCAGACAUAGAAAGUGAAGGAAGUUCAGAUCUGUUUGAGAUAGAUAAUCUAUCCGUGAGUAGAAAACCCCCGUAUGAUUUGAGCUUUACGACCUCUACUAUGACUCCAUAUUCGCCAAGUGAAAAAAGUGUCGAGUGGAGUGUUGCAACUGCAAGUGCCACAGAUUUCUCUGCUGUUUCAGAUUACUACAAAAUGAAAAUGACAGGAAGGCCUGACAGUCCUUGCUUGGCAACAAAAACCGGUGAAGUAGUCGAAACCAAAUCAUUGCCAGACAGAGGCACAAAGAAGCCACAAAGCAGUGAGAGUUGCAGAAAAUUCAUAGAACAAGCAAAUGAAAAGGAAAAUCCCAGCAACAGCAGAAUCAAAGAACAUAUGAACUGAUGCCAGUGAAGAAGUCACAGGCUGAUAAUAUGGCGAAGCGCGAUGGCCGAUGAUUGUGGAGAAAACAAUGACAGUUGAUUGAAUUCAAAAGCUGAAAAUGUAGCCUAAAUGAUAUGAACUUUCCUUGCCAAUUUUUUUUCGAGUGAAUAAAAAUCAGUUCACUGCUA